GGCCUUGGCAUCUGCAACCACUUAAGAAUACAACUUCUGAUUGGUUCGUAUUGUGGAUAGAAACGCCAAAAUUCGCGUUCCCUAAAUCUCAGGCGCGACGUAAAUGGGUCCCCGUACUUGCCCCUCCACUUCAACUCCUUUAAUUUUUCGAUCCGAACUAAAUAAUUGCGAUUGAACCUUAUCAAACGUUCCCACUAUCUUCAACACCACCAUACCCACUUACCACCAGCAUCGUCGCGGCUUUUCAAGUUCACAAUGGCGACUCCAAGUGAUGCUGGCUUCUUAUCCGAUGCCCCUUCAAGACCUGCCACUACCCCUAAACAGAGAUCAUUCAGAGGCUCUUCAGCUCGACCGCGAGGUCCUCCAUCCGAAAGUCUAGCAGCGCCCAGCGAUGAUGAGGGUGAUGGAUUUGCAGACGAUCAAAUACCUAGCCGCACAAGACGGCGAGAUCCUGCAGCAAUUCCUCGAGUAGAAGAUAGGAUUGGUAUCACUGUUCAGGAACACUUUGAAAACUUCAUAGAAGAGUUCAUCGAUGAUCUUCCCCCAUCAGCUGCCCCCACAUCGAGUGCCGUUACUACAGACAAAUUCUACGUCGCCCAAAUUCAUGGAAUGCGCAUUUACCAAUUAUCGACCUUUUACGUCAAUUAUAACCAUGUGGCUAGUUAUCAAAAUGGUGGUUUGGCAAAUGCUAUCAACACCCAAUACUACCGAUUCCUCCCUUUCCUCACCAACGCCCUACAUAAUAUGAUCGCCAAGCACGAACCCCAGUACUUCCGUGAACAUCGACAGGCAACAACAUCUAGCAACCAAACCACAUCUGGCGCCAGUAAUAUUGGUUCGGGUAGCCAAUCUGAACUACAAGGAAGCAAAACAGCGAACCAGCAAACAGACAAGUUGUUCGCUAUUGCUUUCUACAACCUCCCCCUCGUUUCUCGAGUCCGUAGCUUGCGCGCUAAGAAUAUCGGGCAACUUCUUUCUAUAUCUGGAACUGUCACACGUACAUCCGAAGUACGACCAGAACUGUCCCUUGCGACAUUUACUUGCGAGAAUUGUCGCUCAGUUAUCCCCAAUGUCGAGCAAACGUUUAGAUAUACUGAACCUACACAAUGUCCUAACGCCGAAUGUGGAAACCGUCUAGCAUGGCAGCUCGAUAUUCGGCAAAGUACCUUUGUCGACUGGCAGAAGGUCCGAAUUCAAGAGAACAGUUCAGAGAUCCCCACAGGUAGCAUGCCGCGGACGAUGGACGUCAUUCUACGAGGUGAGAUGGUGGACCGCGCGAAGGCGGGAGAGAAGUGUAUCUUUACGGGUGCUUUAAUCGUCGUGCCGGAUGUAAGCCAGUUGGGCCUCCCCGGUGUUCGACCUACGACGAUUCGAGAUGACCGAAAUGCGCCGCGAAAUAAUGAUGCUGGCGGCAGUGGAGGAGUUUCGGGUCUAAAGUCCUUGGGUGUUCGUGAUUUGACCUACCGGUUGGCCUUCCUAGCCAACAUGGUUACCCCCGAUACAUCCACACCUGGUCAAACUGCUUCUCGGCAAGUUAACGAUAUCAUCAAUUCCCUCACCCAAUCAUCCGCCGACACGGCUGGAUCAGCCGAGGAGGCUCAGACAGCGGUCUUGAACUCUAUGAUGCCUAGCGAGAUCGACGAGCUUCGUGAGAUGGUACACAGUGACCACAUUUACGCCCGUCUAGUCCAGUCUCUCGCGCCUACAGUCUAUGGGCACGACAUCGUGAAGAAGGGCCUACUACUGCAAUUGAUGUCUGGUGUACACAAAACCACCGCCGAAGGUAUGGCCCUUCGAGGUGACAUCAAUAUUUGCGUUGUUGGUGAUCCAUCUACCUCAAAAUCACAAUUUUUGAAGUACAUCUGCUCUUUCGCACCACGUGCAGUGUACACUUCAGGAAAGGCCUCUUCUGCUGCUGGUCUCACAGCCGCAGUCGUCAAAGACGAAGAGACUGGUGAAUUUACCAUUGAAGCUGGUGCUCUUAUGCUUGCUGAUAAUGGUAUCUGCUGUAUCGACGAAUUUGACAAGAUGGAUAUUGCAGAUCAAGUCGCCAUUCACGAAGCCAUGGAACAGCAGACGAUUUCUAUCGCGAAAGCUGGUAUUCAAGCUACUCUAAACGCGCGAACGUCCAUCCUAGCAGCGGCGAACCCUGUAGGAGGAAGAUAUAAUCGUAAGGCUACUUUGCGAUCAAAUAUCAACAUGUCGGCGCCCAUUAUGUCACGUUUCGAUUUGUUCUUCGUAAUCCUGGAUGAGUGUAACGAAGCUGUCGAUCGUCAUUUGGCAGAGCACAUCGUGGGUAUCCACGCGCUGCGCGAUGAGGCCAUAGAACCGGAGUUCAGCACUGAGUGCCUCCAGCGCUACAUCCGAUUCGCUCGGACUUUCCGCCCGGAGUUUUCACCUGACGCACGUGAACGCCUUGUGGAACGGUACAAGGAACUCCGAGCUGAUGACGCACAGGGUGGUGUGGGGAAGAAUAGCUACCGAAUCACGGUUCGACAAUUGGAGAGUUUGAUUCGGUUGUCGGAGGCUAUUGCUAAGACGAAUUGUGUCGAGGAGAUUACGCCUGAGUUUGUGGAUGAAGGGUUUAAUCUGCUGAGACAGAGUAUUAUUUCUGUUGAACAUGAUGAUGUUGAGAUGGAUGAAGAUUAUGAUGAUACGCCCGAGGACUCGGCUGAGUUGAUUGCGGCUGCGGAUAGGGCGUCGGGAAGUGCAGGGCCGUCUGGGACGAGGGAUGAGGAGGGUGAUGAGGAGAUGGGCGAUGAUGAUGCGAAUAACGAUGCUAGUGCUAGUGCUAGCGCGCAACCUAGUCGUGAGCCGAGCAGUGCGCCUGCGAAGAAGAAGACGGCGAUCACGUACGAGAAGUACAUCAGCAUGGUGAACUUGAUCGUGUCCCGCGUCAGCGAUGAUGAGUCGACGGGAGCGGGCGAAGGUAUUGAUGGGGAUGCUCUAGUGGAGUGGUACUUGGAGCAGAAGGAGGAGGAGCUUGAGGGCGAAGAGGAUUACCACCGCGAGAUGAACGUCGCGAAGAUGGUUUUGAAAAAGAUGGUCAAGGACAAUAUUCUAAUGGCGGUCCGUGGUGAAGGACUAGCUGAAGACGGCGACGAGGCUGCUGCCGCAGAUGGUGGACCAGCUCCUUCACAGAGAGUUGUCUACGUCAUGCAUCCUAACUGCGCCAUCGAGGAAUACUAAAACUCAUAGGGAAUGGGAUAUUUCUAUACCCCUUUACUAGGUCACUAAGCGAUAUCGUAAUGAGUGAUGGAUGAAACCCUACGAACGACUCGCGCCAUUUAUAUAUGCGUUAUAAUAGAUGUCCACGUAGUUGGUUAAUGUCGGAUGAAGCAGUUUACGAUGAAAGACGGGGUAUGAAGCAAAGUAAUCAAGUCACGAUUUCGAGGGUGAAAGGAGUGGUUCGGACAGGCGCCUGGAGUCUUGGGAAGCAAGAUAUCACUAGGUAGUUAGAGAAGAAAUUAUGAGAUGAAAUGGAAUCAAAUCAAAUCAAAUCAAAAGAUUACAUGGUGUCUUGUCUAAUAUCGUGAAACUUGGCUUGGCAAGUUGAAACCUAGUCUCCGUUGAAUUAAGCUAUGAG